AUGUCAGCCAAUCCGUUUGGAUCGACGUUUUUCACGCGGGCGGCUCGUAUUUUUUAUCCAGGGCCACGGGCGGGCAAGGGGGCGGGUGCGUUUGGAUGCCGAGCCAAGGAGCUGAACAAGGAUCUCAAGCUGACCAUCCUGGCCUUCCCUUGCAACCAAUUCGGUGCUCAGGAGCCAGGUAGUGCCUCAGAGAUCAAGAGCUUUGUUUUGGAGCAGGGUGCGCCUGUCGAGGAUUCCCGCUCAGGAUUUAUUUUGAUGGAGAAGGUGGACGUGAAUGGCCCUGGCACUCAUCCGGUCUACCAGUUCUUGAAGUCCUCUACCGGGGUGCCCGACAUCAAAUGGAACUUCAGUGCCUACUUUUUGGUGAACUCCGCAGGCACAGUGCAGCACUUGCCUGGUGGCCGAAAUAGUCCACUGUCCAUGAAAGAGGCCAUUGAGGACUUCGACGUUGCGGCCUACUUUGACACGCACCCAGCGUUGCUCAAACGCAAGGCAAACCGCUUGCAUCUCAAGCAGUUGGAGACCAAAGCCUUCAAGCCGGCGCCAGAUGUCGGGGGCCUUUGGACCGUGGAGGAGAGCAAGGGAACAGAUUGGGUCCUAAAGGGUUAUCCAUUUGUGAAGGUGCGCUAG